CUACCACUGUCUCUCUCUCUCUCUUUUAUCUGCUCUCAGGCCAUUCUACCAAAUGCACCCACAAUAGUGAGCUGGGAGACAGAGAGGACAGCGCACCAGGAGGAUUUCUUGAUAUCUGUUCAACAGAGUUCUUUAUAUCCCGCAGUAUGCCUAUGUGCUUUUGGUCUGUUAGAGAAGAGAGAAUUUUGUCAUUUUUACCACAGUGGGACAUCUAUACCCACUAGAACCUCUUUGUGAUUUCAAGCAAAAGAUACCUCGACAAAAAGAUGCCUCCUCUGUGUAUCUUAUCUGGGAAAAUGGAUUAUUGAUGCUGCUUCUUUACUGACUGAGGCCUACCACUGAGGGUGAUAGCUGGAUAUACACAGUCAGGUAUUAUCUCUUCAUGCUGUUGGGCUUUAUUAUUACUUAUUUGUGAAGGGAAAUUUGAUUUUUAAGGACAUUUGUGGACUUGGCUGACUUUGUUCACAAAACAGGAAAUGAGAAUGUCAGAGAAGCAGUGGCAUUUAAAGAAUUAUGUAAUUGUCAGAAAUGUCAGUGAAGAUUUUUUAUCCUCAGAGAAGACACAGGGAGCAGAUGCUUUUGGAUGUGGAAACAGUGAAGUCUGACAGGGAGGAAGAUGAGGAGAAAGAAAGAGAUUGUUUGCAGCAGUUCUCCCACUGCCCAGCAUGCAACCAGGAGUAUGACGUUGUGCUGAUCCUGCCCUGCUCUCACACCAUGUGUGGUCACUGUGUGGCAGCCGGAGAGGGAAGAAGGUCAGGUCAGCCUCGUUACCGUAGUGUCGGCCAACCUGACUGCUCUGUGCUGUGCCCAGGCUGCAGACAUCCUGUGGAGCUGCCAUGCUGGAACUGGUCAUCUGCCACUUCCUGUCUCCCCAAACAUCCCACACUGAGUCAUGCAUGCAGUGGUGAGACAGGCACCACGAAGGGAGGGUCUGAAGUUAACCAUCACCGUGUGCAGGGGAACACAUACUGCCGGCAUGCAGGUGACAUGACAGCACAGAGCAGUUCACAUGGCUCCAGUGCUGCCAUUUCCUCAGUAGCCCCAGUGGAGGGCAUUGUAGAGCUGCGAGAGGAGGAGAUGGAGCAGUCUGUCUUUGGACUAUGUUUUUCUCUGGACUCGUCUACUGUCCCUCCAUCCCUCCAUCUUUCCAACUCCUCCCUCACCAUCACCUACCAUGGAGAGAGCCCUCCUGGCCCACCUCCAGACAACAAGGUCAGGAGAUCAAUGACUCCUGACCCCAGGGUUCUGCUGGCCCUCCCCCAGAUCUGCGCUGAUGUUGUCAUUGCACGAGGACAGUAUUACUGGGAGGUGGAUGUCUGUAACAGCUCUGUCUACAGGAUCGGUGUGAGCUCACUGGAUGGUUCUGGGGGCUGGUGGCUCCAAAGGCAGGGUUUGUCUUUUUGUGCAGUGUAUGAUGGGAGCCAGGAGCCGCUCUGCACUGUCCCACCUCAGAUCAAAACCCUUGGGGUCUUCCUUAACAUCGGUGGAGGCACCCUGAGCUUCUACAACCCUCUGACCCAGGAGCACAUAGCCACGCUUCCUACCCGCUUCCACUCUGCUGGAGUUCUCCCGGCUCUGGGCCUGGGCCAGGGCCGACUGAGGCUGCGCUGCGGCCUCCCCCCUCCUCCUCACGUGUUUCUUAGUAAAGACUCUGCAUACAGGGGGUCUUGUGGGGCUGGUGGAGGUCGGUGGCGCAGGGAGAUUCCCUUCCAGUCAGUGAGGAAAGUGAUACAGAAGUUUGAGGAGUUAGCUGUGUCAGACUCAGACUCAGGCCUGGUGUCCAGUUUUGGAUCAUCAUGCUCCACCUUAGUUUCCCUUCCAGAUCUGAGGAUUCCUGGAAUGUUUCCCUCUGGGCAAGCAGGACAGGAAACUGGGGCUGAAUAAGAACAGCUUCUGAAAGUCUUCAAUGGGAGCAGCAGCUCUUCUGAGUGGCUUGAUCUUUGGCUGUCAUUUGAAAGGCUAAUUUUUCAUCUUGAAGGACUUUUGGCUGCCUCUUUCCACUCUCUGCGUGACCCCGGACCUGCAAUUGACUCUCUCCCCAGGACACGGCCCUUUCUCUCAACCAAACAACCCCCACUGGUUUGGGAUCGGGCCAGAAAGAGUCCUCUGUAAUGUGAAGUGUGAGGAAAGGGUGGGCUUUUAGCAGCGGGACUCCUUGAUUUGUCUAUGUGGGACAGUUGUCAGACAGUAGGGGUCCUACAGUAGUAGUGCGCAUGUUCCUAUAUGUGUGUAUGUGGGCACAAGCACUACUCUGAGUAUGUGUGUGUGUGUGUGUGUGUGUGUGUGUGAGAGAGAGAGAGAGAGAGAGAGAGAGAGAGAGCAAGAGGGAACAUUGUACAAGUGACAGGGGGUGAUGACAAGGUGUGAGUACAGUCACACCAGCGGUGUUGACUCAGAGCGGCGAGGACAGGUGGUAACAUGCGUUUAUCCCGCGGCCUGCCUUCGAUAGGACAGUAGGCCUGCCCUUUUCUGACCCUUUGAAAACCACAGGACUCCCAUGGACUUCAAAAGGCGCGACAGAGAGCGGGAGAACAGAGAGGGAGAAAGAGAAAACAGCAUGCAUGAAUUAAAGACAGCAGGUGAUGACCUGGUAAAAAAGAAAUGAGCUGAGAGAAGGAUUCCCAACUGCUUUCAUGCCUAGAAGCUCUGAAUAGAUCAACCGGCUCAGGCCACACCAUCUGAGAACUUGUUUUAAGGUAGAACUGAGCUGCAGAAGCCAGUAGUUUACACUAGAAGUGGUGAGAUUACAGGGUAGUGAUAGAGCGGCAUUAGUUGUCUUGGCACACUGAGUGAUGAAAGUUUUUCAGUCAAGCACAUGUCAUUUUAUCGGUCCAAAGUUGAAUACAAAUGUGUGUUUUAAUGCCUCUGUUUGCUGAGGGUUUUCUCUGCAACUAAGACCUUCUCUUGUGUCUCCUCUUCAUUGGCUUUUAGCUCCACACCCCUGGUUUUGCAUGUUAGGCACAGAUUCAGUUUGAGCGAUUCUGGCAAAGGAAAUCCUGAAAGUAUAAACUUUUCCUCAUUUUCUCCUCAAUCCCUACGGCUCCAAGCCCCAUUUGAAGAACCACUGGUGCCGAGGACUAUUUAUACUUGGCAUGGCCGAUGUUCAUAUAGUCUCCCUGUUGUGACCACUUGACUUAUGAUUAAGUAAUCCCGGCCCUAUUGAAGAAUCCCCUCCUGCCCCACCUUCUCCUUUCCUGUCUGUCUUUCAAUGACUGUGUUUGCCUUUUUGGAAGGUGUAAUCUCCAAGUAUUUAGUCAGACCACCCAAACUGUAAAUCUCAUUGUAAGAAUCAGAAAAAAUCCUAGCAAUUAAAACAAGCAUCAGUCAGAAGCAGCACUGCAGGGGCACUUUUGAGGACGGGUUGCAGUGGAGUUAGGCCAAUUUUCCAUUGAGCAUCAUUCAUUUCAUGCAUGCACGAAAUCAGUUAAGCAGCGGGUCAGACUCAGUAAUAAGCGAUGAGUCAAAGAGAGGCUUGUUAGACUGUCGCCUCUCAGACCACUCAUCAGGAUGACUGUGUGUUGAUGUUUAACAGUCGAGGUAUUUACCGCGCGAGUAAAAAAUGCGUGUGCCGUGACCGCUGUUGGCGCAGCUCUCUCUGCAGAUCUAUUACCAAUAAAGUGUGUGGAAGCAAUUUGACUCUUGUAAACAGAAAUGAGAGAGGCGUGAUGCAGAUUUCAAAGGGCCGGGAGGAGAGAGAGGGGGAGUUUGCCAGGAAGGAUGGAUAAGAGUUGAAACGCUCUGUGCCAUGUGUGCGUAUUUGGCAGUCUCUACUGUAUGUAGUCUGGCUUUCUGUACAUGAACUGUAUAGCAAGGUGCAGUGGUGGAAUUUAACUCUUUAUUUAAGUUUGAAAGUUUCCAUGUUAUGCUUCUUCAAGAUAUUUAUUCAUAUCUGGCACUGCACUGUAUUUUUUUAUUCUCCAGUCUAAUUUGUUUAUUUGUUAUAUUUUCUUAUUUUUCUCUUCUAUGUGUCUGUAUAUUGUCGUUUGUCUCUUUUAUGUUUUGUCUUAGUGCCUUUAUAUGUCUUCGAGCACUUUGAAUUGCCUUGUGUUUUAAAAAGGUCCAAUAAAUAAUGUCGCCUUGUCUGUAUA